AUGCAUCAAGGUGCCACGAAGCUAAGGCAGUGCGCAAGAAUGUCCGUGUAUUGGCCAGGAAUGGACAACAACAUCACCAACGCCGCCAAAACAUGCCCGUCGUGCACCGAAAAACUUCCGUCGCUUCCGCGAGAGCCGUUAAAACCACACGAAGCAGCGACCCGCCCGUUCGAACAGCUCCAUUCGGACAUUGCAACAGUGAACGGACGUGAUUUUCUCAUCAUCGCCGACCAGUACAGCGGUUGGCCAGACGUCAUCCCAUUCCCGAAUAAAAACACGACAGCCCGUCGCGUCGUCGAUGCAGUGCGUGAAUUUUUUAUCCGUGGUCCAGGAGCCCCUGUCAAAUUCUGGAGUGAUAACGGGCCCCAAUUCAAUGCCGUCGAAUUCAAGAAUUUUGCAAAAGACUGGGGCGUUUCAAUCGGAAAUUCAGCGCCCCACUACUCCCAGUCAAAUGGAUUUGCCGAAGCGACCAUCAAAAGCAUGAAGAAACUCAUCACUGGCUCAUGGAGAAAUGGCUCCUUCGACACAAACAAAUUCGCAAAAUCUAUUUUACUUUUCAGGAACGCUCCUCGCUCAGGUGCAGCAUCGCCAGCCCAAAUGGUAUUUAACCGACCAGUAAGCGACGCUCUACCGGCACACCGCCGAUCUUUUGCACCUGAAUGGCAGCUGAAAGCUGACAUCUUAGAAAAAAGGGCGAGAAGAGCAAAAGAGGUGCAAAUCGAGCACUACAACCGGACAGCUCACCUAUUGCAGCCCUUCGGAAUCGGAGACCAUGUGAUUGUUCAACACCCCGUCUCCAAAUGCUGGGCAACAACAUCAAUCGUCGUAGAGAUCGGCCCAAACAAGGAUUAG